CAAAAAUGCACAGACUGAAUAUUCUUAUACGACUUUCCACUCUAUCCGAUUCUCUUUAUUGAUUCCUUUAGCCCGUAGUAUACAUUCGGUGUGCAUGAAAUGACAAGCAAAGCGAAAACGCCAAAGACGAAGGAAGGUGCCUCUGAGGACGCACCCUUGAAGAAGAGGCCAUUCAAACGCCAUGGACGUUUGUAUGCGAAGGCGAUCUUCACAGGAUAUAAACGUGGAUUGCGUAAUCAACAUGAACACACUGCUUUGCUGAAGAUUGAAGGAGCCGGUACAAAGCAGGACUCCAAUUUUUACGUAGGAAAGCGGUGUGUCUAUGUGUACAAGGCCAAGAACAAGACUCCUGUACCAGAAAAAACGACGAGAAAAACUAAAGUUAGAGCUAUUUGGGGCAAAGUGACUCGUCCUCAUGGAGCAAGUGGAUCAGUACGUGCAAAAUUCAAGAGGAAUUUACCAGCCAAAGCUAUGGGCCACCGUAUCAGAAUUAUGCUGUAUCCUAGUCGGAUCUAAAUAUUCCUCUUGUAUAAUUUAAGCGAAUAAAUGCCAUUUUGGUAAA